AUGAAGACGACUGCAUUGAUCGCGACCGCCCUGGCCCUGCCUGGCGCAAUCGCUGCCCCCAGUAACCUGGAUGAAGUCGCUGUUGAGGUUAUAGCUCGUGCGCUGCCUAAUGCUCCCGACGGCUACGCCCCCCAGAAUGUAAGCUGCCCGUCUACGCGACCAUCCAUUCGCAGUGCCUCGACGCUGUCAGACAAUGAGGAGAAAUGGCUGCCCGUCCGCCGCAACAAGACAUUGGAUGCGAUGAAGGACUUCUUCGGCCAUGUGAGUGUGGGCGGCUAUGACGUAGCGGGAUAUUUGGACAAGCACGCCUCAAAUGCCUCCAGUCUUCCCAACGUCGCAGUUGCAGUUUCUGGUGGUGGUUACCGUGCCAUGUUGAACGGUGCCGGUGCGAUCAAGGCCUUUGACAGCCGUAUCUCCAACUCGACUACCAAGGGUCACCUGGGUGGUCUGCUGCAGUCUGCCACUUAUGUCGCUGGUCUGAGUGGUGGUAGUUGGUUGCUUGGCUCCAUUUGGGUCAACAACUUCACCACCAUCUCUGACCUGCAGACCACCUCUGACGGUGAUCUGUGGCAGCUCAGCAGUUCUAUCUUCAGUGGUCCUGAUAAGGGCGGUCUACACAUCUUUGACACCGUGGAUUACUACAAGAACCUCGUUGAUGAGGUCGACGACAAGAAGGAUGCUGGCUACGAGACUGCUGUUACUGAUCUUUGGGGCCGUGCCUUGGGUUACCAGUUCUUCAAUGGAACCGACGGAGGUGUCGAUUACACUUGGUCUUCUAUUGCCGAUAUGUCCGAUUUCAAGCAGGGCAACCAACCCCUGCCUCUCGUGGUUGCUGAUGGCCGUAACCCCGGCGAAAAAGUGGUCGGUGGUAACGCGACCAUCUACGAGUUCAACCCUUGGGAGUUCGGCACCUGGGACCCUACUAUCUACGGUUUCGCUCCUUUGGAAUACCUGGGUUCGCCAUUCGAGGACGGCAAGCUCCCAAGUAACGGAUCCUGUGUUCGUGGCUUUGACAACGCCGGUUUCAUCAUUGGAACUUCGUCCACCCUUUUCAAUCAGUUUCUGCUCCAGCUGAACACUACUUCGAUCCCCAGUGCUGUCCAGGACCUCGUCCGAAAGUUCCUCACCAAGCUAUCCCGUGCUGACGACGAUAUCGCCCCCUACGACCCUAACCCUUUCUACCGCUACAAUGAGGACACUUCGCCCUACGCUGCUCAGACUACAUUGGAGCUUGUGGACGGUGGCGAGGAUGGUCAAAACAUUCCUCUUCAGCCCGUGAUCCAGCCCAAUCGUCACAUUGACGUUGUGUUUGCCAUUGACUCAUCUGCUGAUACCGACAUGAACUGGCCUAACGGUACUUCUCUGGUUGCCACUUAUGAGCGUAGCCUGAACGCCACCGGAAUCGGCAACCACACUGCCUUCCCUGCCGUUCCCGAUACGAAUACCUUCGUCAACGAGGGCCUGAACACCCGCCCAACCUUCUUCGGCUGCAACAGCUCCAACACCACCAGCAUGACCCCGCUCAUUGUCUACAUCCCCAACUACCCUUAUUCCUACCUGUCCAACACCUCGACUUUCAUGAUGGAAUACACUGACGAGCAGCGUGACAGCCUUAUCACCAACGGUUAUGAGGUUGCAACCAUGGGCAACGGUACUCGCGAUGGCAACUGGACUGCGUGUGUUGGCUGUGCGAUGUUGCAGCGCUCCUUCGAGCGCACUGGCACCAAGCUUCCUGACAUUUGUGAUACUUGCUUCAGCAAAUACUGCUGGGAUGGCAAGAUCAACUCCACCACCCCUGCCAAAUAUGAGCCCAAGGCCCUAGACCCUGUGAAGGAGGAUGCUGCUGUCAACGCCAUUGUUCCUGCUAUGCUGGCUACUAUGGUGGCCACCGUCGUUGGUUUCUCCUUAGUUUAG